AUGGAUAUUGUAAUAAAUUCUAGAGUAAAUGGAAUAUACAUUACUUAUAAUUGUAGGAAAAACUUGUGUAAUGGUCAGGAUGCUUUUGAUCAAGCACGUCAUCUAAUACAAUCGUCAUCAUUGUUAGAAAUACCUGAUCUUAUACCAACAACGCCGGUAAUGACCACAAGUACAAUGGUUACUACCACAACGUCAGUUACAACUGCACCAAUAUCAUCCAGUGUAGCACCAUCGUCAACAUCAUCAAGGCAAAGAGAAACAACCAUUACAUUAUACUCCGUUGGCGGUCAACUUAAGUAUGGUUAUUAUGUUCUGUUAAUCGCUGUCAUAAUAACAUAUUUAUCAAACAUUACUCGAAGAAAGAGCUAG